AUGUCUGGUACCGAGCAGCUGUUUGAAACUGUCGAUGACAUGUACGACGAGUUUGAUUUUGAAAAUAAUGAUGAAGAAGAAAACAAGGGAAUAGUGGUGAAAGAAGAAGAAGACUCGGAAACUGAUUACGAUGCUUUGGAAAAAUCGAAAAUUAAAACUGAAAAACAAGAUGAAACGUCAAUUGAUAUGUACGACGAUGAGUUUCAUUUGAUCAUGGAAAAAGAUUUCGCUGCUACUGCUGCAAACUCCAAUGAAGUGAGUGAGGCAUUGAAUGUCAACGAAGAAUCAGAGACUGACGCAACUGAAACUGAUGAUGAGGAUUAUGAAGCAGUCAGUGAAUCUCAUCAAACUGAAGCAGUGGUCAAUGGAAACUCGAGCAAUUCAUCAAGCAAACAACAACUGAACCGUCGUCAAAAAAAAACUAAAAACCACAAGUGUCAACAGUGCAACAAAAGCUUUCUAUCUCCAUCUCAUCUCAAAAAACAUCAACGGGUGCACACUGGCGUCCGACCGUACAAAUGCACAAUUUGCUCCAAAUCAUUCACACAGACAAAUGAUCUCAAACGACAUCAACGGGUGCACACUGGCGUCCGACCGUACAAAUGCACAAUUUGCUCCAAAUCAUUCACACAGACAAAUGAUCUCAAACGACAUCAACGGGUGCACACUGGCGUCCGACCGUACAAAUGCACAAUUUGCUCCAAAUCAUUUUCACUGUCUGGUAAUCUCAAACGACACCAACUGGUGCACACUGGCGUUCGAGCGCACAAAUGCACAACAUGCUCCAAAUCAUUCCAAACAAAUAGCGAUCUUAAAACACACCAACUGGUGCACACUGAUUCUAAACUAUUUCAAUGCACCAUUUGUCAACAGACGUUCAAAUGGAAAAAGGUUCUUAAAAAACAUCUUAAGCGUAAGCAUUCACAGUAA